AACAACUCGUCGAGUCUACCGAAGGCAAGAAGUGCCAUUUCAGCCUCUACGGGGAAUGAAUUCUGGGUGCUUAAGUCAAGUCGCGCUGCCAAUAUCUCCUCUCUAUCAAGGAGCCCUCCACGUGCAUGUCUUAGCACGGAGAUCUCGUCCUUAAUCACGCGGUUUGGUCAAAUAAUCAAGCCGUCCACUGACCCGCGAUACAAUGUUUGGUGGUCUUUCGGGCCAUUUCUAGAAGAUGUGCCGCGGCGUCUCGGUACAAAUGAGGCACUGGACCGUGCCAUCGAUGUACUCACUACGUCCCAUAAUGACGUCUGUAAUGGGCGCGUGGGGACGGUGGGGGCGUUGGCAAAGUACUCUCAUGCGUUGCGCACUCUUAGUGUGUAUGUGGAGGACCCGCGUCAUGCACAGGACUCGAAUACGCUCUGUGCCGUUAUGGUCCUUCUCAUUGCGCAGAUGUUCCUGGGUGGAUCGUCGCAAAUUUGGUCUGGGCAUACAGAAGGUGCCGCGCAGAUUUUAAGAGCACGAAGGAGUUUUGGUCCCCGAGAUGAGUUUGAGAAGAAAUUGUUCAUGUCUUUGCGAGGCAGCGUGUUAUUCGAGGGCCUUUUCAACGAUCGAAUCUGCUUAUCAGAUAACGAAUGGAAUGAUCUUGUCCGGAGCGACGCAGACCAAAACACUCCAGAAGGCCGCAUUCUACUACUUCUCACCCAGGGUCCCUCCAUCAUAGGACGGGGACGUGCCAUCUUAGAAUGUAGCACCGAUUCAACCUCACUCCGCGACGAGGUCUGGACGAUCUAUCAAACUUGCAAGACCGAAUUGAGCGAACUCAAACGCCGCUGGAUAGAAAGCGAUUUUGCUAGCUUUGACUUGACGAGCAUACCGCAACACAAAGUGAGCUACGUUUCCCCAUUCCUGGCUUCGCAUUAUGAGCGGACCUAUGGUAUUGGGCUGAUGGUCACGCUUGUCUUUAAUUGCAUGCUGAGUGCACUGAGUCCUAUGGAUGCGGUGGUGGAGUUUGAUGCAACUUAUAUGUCAGAGGAGGUGCUUAUACUUGCUGAGCGCGGGCAUCAGUAUCGCCCCAUGGCGUCGGGGUAUCUCCUUCUCUGUGCUUCGGUGGCGUGGAUAGCUACUACGAACAGGGCACUCAAAGAAAAGUUGAUGCUGAUCUUGAGCGAUUACCGGGGUGACUUCCAGGUACGUGAGAUGACUUUCAUGAUGAAGGAAAUCGGAUGGGUGGGGGAGCACCUGCGGCUGGGGCGUUCGUAUCGAUCCAAUGCAGCCUCUGUCCGAAGGCAGAUCCGCGCUGAAGAAGACGUCUAUCCGAGCCCUUCACAUGAUAGAUAG